AUGUCUGGAAGAGGUAAAGGAGGUAAGGGGCUCGGAAAAGGAGGCGCUAAGCGCCAUAGGAAGGUGCUGCGGGACAACAUCCAGGGCAUCACCAAGCCUGCCAUCCGCCGCCUUGCCCGGAGAGGAGGCGUGAAGCGUAUCUCCGGCCUCAUCUACGAGGAGACCCGCGGGGUGCUGAAGGUGUUUCUGGAGAACGUGAUCCGGGACGCCGUCGCCUACACCGAGCACGCCAAGAGGAAGACGGUCACCGCUAUGGAUGUGGUCUAUGCUCUCAAGCGCCAGGGCCGCACUCUGUAUGGCUUCGGAGGCUAA